AUGGAAGCCUUUCCCUAUAUCUCUCCACAACUCAAAUAUUCGGGCCUGACCAAGCAAGAAAGAGAGGGUCUGCCAGCAAAGGAGAAGCCCGUCACCAUGAACAAGGCUAAUUCUCCACGUACCAAGUCGGCGCAGACAGACCCUACCAAGGCGGCCAGGAAACAUGAAUCCAUGAACAAUCGCAGCUAUGCGAUUCCAUUUCCUGGAAGCAUGAACUCAUCUGAAGAUGACACACCACCCUUUCCCGACGCCGAGGUGUCUUCACUGGCGCUCGACAACAAGCCUGGUGCCCAAAUACACUACACGUACUACCCUGCAUCCAAGCCCCACGGGGGUCACCCAAACCCAUUCUCACAAACGCUGAUCGUCUUCCUAAACGGACUCAUGAUGCCAAGAAGUUCGUGGGAUCCGGCAAUGCGCAGUUUCUUAGAGAAACGGAUAGCUGGACGUCUACCGUAUCCUGCUCUAUUGAGUUACGAUAGAUACGGCCAAGGAGACUCAGAUCCCGAUCCAGACGACGAGCAUCCACCACCAUCGCACGGACAUGACGCAAUAUCUGCAGUCAAAGCACUCAAGCAAUUCACACUUCAAAUAUGGAGGGAUCACCUUGACAUCAAUAAACCUACCCACUAUCCAUGUCUCAUCUUCGUCUGCAACAGCAUCGGAUGCGCACUCGCAAGACUUUUCGCCCAGUGCUACCCAGGGACUGUGUCUGGCUUAUUGUUUCUAGACAGCAUCAUGGCCAACUCAGACUAUCAAGAUAUAUGGCCGAACCCAGAUGCGCCAGACUUCAAUCCACACACACUACCCGAAGGCGUAACUGAGGAUGAAGUACGCUCGACAAGAGAAAAAUAUAGAAGAAUGUUCCAUCCCGAUGUCCCCAGUCAAGAGGGCUUAUCAAGAAGAAAUCUCCCGCAAUUAUUACCGUACGCGGAUGCACCGAAGCUCGAAGGCUAUCUGGGCAGAGGUCCGUAUCUCACAGUUGUGGGUCAUGACUGGGAGACCUUUGCUGAGCAGUCGUACACGGGCACAAUGAAGACUCCAAAGGUGCUCACUAUGACCUAUGCCAACCCCGCUUGGCGCCGCUACAAUGAAGGUCUCUGCCAAAUCACAGAUGAAGGCAAGGCUAUCGGUCCCAUAACAGCUGUCCGGUGUGGCCACUUUAUCCAGCAGGACGACCCCAGAUUCGUGAGCGACGAAAUGGUGAGUCUGCUGGAUCGGGUAGUGAAUCGCGUUCAGCAGGUUAGCCAAAGAGACUGA